AUGGCGACUGGACACAUCGGUGGCUACUUGGCCCAGCAGCCAUCAGACCUCUCUGGCGUUGAAGACAGAGGUCUGCGGUUCACCAACGACGACUGGAACGGCAGUAUUUCUAACGGAAUACCCUUCACCCUGAAGUGGAACGAGACGAUUGAUGGUGAAGAUGGAGAAUUGAAGCUGUAUAACGUUUCUUAUCCUCGAGGAGGAGGUGUAUCGUUUGAGCUGGUCUCAAACCUCACAGGAUCAUUGGCCAACAUGUCAUAUGUUUGGACACCCAAGGGACUGAAUGGUAGUGACCUGUACGCUUUCUGGGUAACGAGGCAGCGAGCCCAUGAUGCGGAGUGGGCGGUCUCUCCACCAUGGAAACUUUCGGACGAGCCUCGUGGCUUUCACUGGUCGACCCCGGUCGGUGUCCCCAUUGUUGUUAUUCUGGGAGUGUACUUUGUGUGCUUGAUAUCGUAUCUUGUCUACCGCCGGCGCAGGAGGAUCAAACGCGAAAGAGAACACGAUGGCAGCAAUGAGCAGGCCGAGGCCCAGGAUACCCCAGAUGCUGAAAACGCUGACAGACAUCCAUCGGUCAGCUCCAUCGCCACAGUGCAAACAUUUACCCAGGACGAUUCAAUUUCAAAGAAUGAUAGCCCUAUUGCAUUGGCCGAAUCACCAGUCAGUUACAGAAGUCAUAGUUGCAGCUGCUCGAACCACGGUCAGGCACCCGCAUUGCAGCUUUGGACAAACAGAGAAACAGAUGAUUCGAUUGGGCAGGCAAGAUAA